GAACUGCACAAAAGCGAGCAAGCUCGCCAGGCGCUUGUCAGUGAACAGAGUGCUUUCCCAUAUUCUAACAAGGCCCUCGUUCAACAUGAACCAUUUGUUACGCAAUAAUAUUACACACAUGACAUAGUGAAAGAAAGCCGAGCUCGAGCAAUCCUCGAAGUGACCCUAGCGACGUUUCAACGCUCUGGUCUCUAGUGCGCAAGCAGAAAGAUGGCGAGCCACGAUGAGGUGUCAACGGAGCUCACAGCAACACAAUAUGUCAUUCUUGCCGAGAACCAACGGAAGAAGAAGGCCCUUGCGGAGACCAAAAACCAGUUCAGCAAGGUCGCGGAUGAGAACCGUGUGCUGCUCAAGCAGCUCGAGGACACGCAGCGGGAAAACUAUCAGGUGACCGAGCACCUGCGGCGGGAGCUGUUGGCAAAGACCGAGGCAAUCGCGGCGCUCGAGUCGGACUUGGUGAAGCUCGCAGCCGAUAAGGAUGGGGAGAUUGCUGCCCAGAAGGAGGCAGCGGAGAAGGACAAGGCUCGGAUACGCGCGGAGGGGGAGGCCAAGGCGCGGGAGCUGCAGGGCGUCAUUGACAACCUGCAGGCCGACCUGGCAAAUGUGCUGGAGUUCAAGGAGCGGCAGGCGGAGGUGGAGGAGGCGCUGAUGCGGCUCAAGGAGGAGAACCAGGUGCUCACGGAGAAGCUGGAGCAGCAGCGGGUGGAGCUGGACAGGUACUAUUUUGAGCUGAACACGCGCAUGCGCAAGGAGUAUGAGCAGCGGCUGGAGGAGCUGAAGAAGAGCGCGGAGGAGGAGGUGGAUGAGCGGCUGGAUGCGUCCGUGAAGCGCAUCCUGGCGCAGAACCGGCGCAUGGCGGAGGAGCUCAAGAUCCACGUGCAGGAGACGGAGGCGCUGCAGGCGGAGGUGCGGGUGCUUGAGGAGUCGCGGGCGCGGCUGACGCGGGAGGUGGGGUUGAAGACAGACCUGGAGGCGGGCUACGCACAGCGUGGCGCGCGGCAGGCGGUGGCUCUGAAGGACGCACAGUCGCGGAUCACGGCGCUGGAGAACAGCCUGCAGCAGGUGGUAUCGGACUUUGACCGCGAGCGGCAAGCGAACGCGAAAGCCACAGCAGCGGCGCUCGCAGACGUGCAAGCAGAGAGUGAAGCGCUGCGGCGGCUGGUGAAGCUCAAAACGCGCGAGCUCAAGAACGUGCGGCGGCUUGCGCAGGAGGUGCUGCUGCAGCGCAGUGACGUGGAGGCGUUCCUGCUGUCCAGCCUGCACGCGGUGCGGCGGGAGAUUGAGCGCGAGAGCCUGUGGCCCUCACGACAGCCUGGUGACACCGCGGCGGCGGCGGGGCGCGCGGUGGCCAACGACAUCAAGGACCUGCCCUGGGAGGACCGGGAGCGGGUGCUGCGGCUGCUGUUCGCCAAGAUCAACAACCAGGCGCAGCAGGUGCACUUCGGCAGCCUGCCGCCACACCCGCUGGUGGAUGGGCUGGGCGGCAUGGGGGCGUCGGGGCUGUUGGGGCCGGGCGUGGCGAGCGGCGCCGGGCCAGCGCCGGUCGUGUAGAGGACUAGGGCAGGAGGGUGUUGGGCUUGGAGCGGCAGAUGGGCUAUGGUGUGUAGCGUGGAGGGAUGGCGGGGGCAGGCGGAGUUGUUCGGGGCGGCGCUGGCUUUCUAGCAAUAGCGUCGGAAAUAUUGACCGCAGGAUGGGGCACCAAAUGAGGAAGAGCGCAUGGUUGCCCAGCCCAGGAUUUGCAGUAACGCGAAUGGUGUAAGCGCAUGCAAGU